CAAUGUCAGUUGUGAAAAGCAGUAGCUUAAUCCCAAUCAGGUUUGUUGUGAUCCCAGCCUUACACAUGACUGGAAUGGGAAACAAGUCAUUCAUGCAUGGGAGAAACAGAUGCGAGGAAGCUAAGAUGUGUUCUGAUGGCUUCCAAAUCACUUCAGCAAUAUGCAGUGGAAAAACGUGUCGAUUCAGAGUUCUGCUGACAGGGACAAGGCAAAAACCAUGUUAAGAUUCAACGUGUGUGUUUGGACUGUGUGGCUUCUUUAUGCAGGUGCUGUCUGUGAGGAGGACACUGGAGCAUGCGAACUGCGACCGUGUCACAACAGUGGCGUCUGCCAGAGCCAUCAGGAUGGCUACAGGUGCCUCUGCCCCAGACAGAGCACAGACGGACCACUGUACGGAGGACCAAACUGCACCGACGCCCUGCCGGGCUGCGAUGGCAACCCCUGCAAGAAUGAUGGCGUCUGCUCUCCUCUCUUCCAGGACAACCAGCAAGCCUACACCUGCAGCUGCCGCGCGGGCUUCACCGGCUCCAGGUGUCAGACGUCCACAGCGUUCUCCUUCGAGACCAGCGGUUACAUGCACAUAGAGACCCGGCUGCCGUCCCCGGAGAAGACCCUGAACGUCACUCUGAGCUUUCGGACGGACAGGCCCUUCGGCACCCUCCUCCAGAGUCGGGCCGACGACCUGCUGUUCACCGUCGAGCUGGUCCAGGGCCGCCUGCGCCUCAGUACAAGGAGAGGUCAAAGGUCCGGUGAGCCCGUCGUCUCUGAGCUACCGCUGAGCGCAGCGGAUGGCAAGUGGCACACGAUGGAGGCGUGGCUUGGCAGCGAGGAGGAUCGUAGUGGCCUCCGAUUGGUACAACCCGCCUGCGACGAGGUGGGCUGCGCCAGGGAGUCUGCCGCCACCAGGGCGCCUCAGCCGGAGCAAGGCGACGACCUCCCUGAGCCCGGCUUGGUCCACCGCAGCCUAUUCCUGGGAGGGGUGGGCCAGGGCUUCGGGGAGGGGGAAGCUGAAAGCGCCGACCUGGCUGCCUACUUCCUGGGGUGUUUCCGGGACGUGUUUGUGGCGUCCCGGUUGGUGGUUCCCGCCACCCCUGGCGACUCCCUAGCUCAGGUCAACGUCACAGCGGGGUGCGGCGGGCAGGACGAGUGUGAGGACAGCCCGUGUCAGAGGCGUGGCCAGUGUGUCAGCCGGGGAUGGAGGAGACACAUCUGCCAGUGCUACAGGCCGUAUGAGGGGACUGUGGACUGCGCCGAGGAGUACAUCACAGCCGGGUUUGGCGACGGGGACACAGCGAGCUAUGCAGUGUUCUCCUUGGAUGACACUUUGGAUUCCGGUUCUAUCGCCAUAUCAAUGUUUGUACGCACGCGGACCCUGAGCGGCCUCCUCCUGGUGAUGGCCAACAGCACCAGCCAGUAUCUCCAUCUGUGGCUGGACGGAGGCCACGUCAAAGUCCAGGCGAUAAGCUCUGAGAGCCUGGUGGGGCACCGUGCGGUCAGCGACGGACAUUUUCAUUUGGUGACGGUUCAGCUGGAGGGCAACUUAGCGACACUAUUUCAUUCAGCCCAGAGACAGGGAUCCAUCCGUGUUCGGCCCGUGGCGGUUCAGCCAGGUGACAUGGUCUACGUUGGGGGCCUGGCCGACCAGAGAGACUCCGGCCCUUUCGGCGGUCACCUGAAAGGCUGUGUCCAGGACCUGAGGAUCAACAGGAAACGGCUGCAGUUCUUCCCCAUAGCAACCCCGGUGGCCUCUUACCAGCUAGAGAAGUUGGUCGAUGUCACAAUGGGAUGUAGCAGUGACGACGUCUGCACCGACAACCCCUGUCUUAACGGCGGAGCGUGCUACUCCAUGCGGGACGACUUCAUCUGCAUUUGCCAACCACACACCGGGGGACGGCUCUGCGAAGAGGUCAGGUGGUGUGAGUUGUCGCCAUGUCCCUGGACUGCAGCCUGCCAGCCCGUCGCCAACGGCUUUGAGUGCGUGACCAACGUGACCCUCCGGAAUGACCGCACGCUGUCCUACCGAGACAACGGGAAGAUCAGUCGCGGCCUCAACACCGUCCUUCUCAGUGUACGAACCAGGCAGACUGACGCCACCCUCCUACACGCCAAGAGAGGUUCAGAGUUCCUCACCGUCUCCCUCCAGCGAUCCCACCUGGUGCUGGAGCUACAGGCAAGUGGCGGGCAGGCCUCCCAUAACGUCACCAUUCAGAGCCGGACCCGGCUCAGCGACGGACACUGGCACACGGUGGAGCUCUCCAUGGAAGACCCGGCUCAACAGAUCUCCAGGUGGAUCGCGGUCCUCGAUGGGGGGAAAGAGAGGGGAGGGGGGGAGCACGUCAUGUCUGAAGCCCCCUCUGGGAACCUGGACUUCCUCAGGGAGGGUGCGGACAUCUUCCUGGGGGGCCUGGGGCCAGAGGCUGGAGGCAAUCUGGCUGGAUGUCUGGGCCCGGUCCAGAUUGGGGGGCUCCUUCUGCCCUACUACGAGGACACGGAACUCAGCCUUCCCAGGCCGCAAGAUGAGCGGUUUAUUAUGACCCAUGGUGGCCCCUCCCCACAAUAUGGCUGUUGGGGGGCCAGUGUGUGUGAGCCAAACCCCUGUCUCAACCAGGGGGCGUGCGAGGACCUCUUCGACACCUACCUGUGCACGUGCCCUUCUGAUUGGACAGGUCCACAAUGCCAGAAUAACGCGGACACCUGCGCCGUCCAGCCGUGUGUCCAUGGCAACUGCAGUGUAUCAGGACAGGGACACGUGUGUUCAUGUGAGGCGGGGUACACGGGGGCCAGGUGUGAGGAAGACACGGACACGUGUGAGGACAACGGGUGUGGCCUGGGCUCCACCUGUCUCAGGGGCCUGGUGAACUACACCUGUCUCUGCCCCAGGAACAUGACUGGGCCCUUAUGCAAUGAAAAGCUCCCAGAAGUGCCAUGGCACAUUUCAAUGAUCUCAGACCCCCACCUACCUGUAUCAGUGUGUCCCGGGGACAGAUGGAGUUACAGCUGUUUCAACGGGGGGAACUGCUCUAAGCUGGACAACGCCUGCGUUUGUCAACCUGGUUUUUUAGGGCAAUGGUGUGAGGUAGACUACGAUGAGUGUGUGUCAAACCCAUGUGCUAAUGGAGGCCACUGCCACAAUCUUCCCAAUGGCUUCCAAUGUGAAUGUGGGAUCAACUUCUCGGGCGACCAGUGCACAAUCGACAGCAGUGACUUCAUCUUGUACCUGGCCCUAAUGCAGUUGCAAUUCAUGCUCCAGUUCAUGUCCUACAUGAUCCUACAAAUCGAUGAUGGCCCAGAGAUCGACUGGGGACAUUAUUCAUAGCUUGUCCAUAAUCCCAACAUGCAUUCUGUGGGCUACAUGGGCAAUUGACAAAUACUGUUUCAGUAGGGGGGGGGGGGGAAUGUAAUAAUGGAUUGAAUUAACAUUUCAAUAAAAUGUCUCCACUUAGGUGUUGUCUACAAACAAAUGACAGUUGCAGUUAUUAAAACAUUUUAAGAACCCCAUAUUUAGAUAUUUGGAAAUAUAACACUGUGUGGCAAAUAAUUUGCUUUUUUUGUAUUUUUGUCGAUUUCUCACUAAGAAAUUCCUAUUAAACGACAUAUCGCAAGCCACCAGGCAUAUACACAGAUAGACCCUAGUGCAGGGGGGUUGGGCCCCGACCAUUUUCUCCUUCAGAAUCAAGAUUUACUGACAUUGCACAGCUGUAGCAGUACUGUAUCGCUCAAUUUUAAAAUACAAUCAGCAUAAACAAAAUGACAAGGAACAUGAACACAUUUUCUUAGUCCAAGAGUACACUAAAAGUCUGUCUGCAAAACCACUCCAUUAAGCAGUUUUCCCGUUCUUUUUACCUGCUUAUGCAAAUGUCAUUGCGUUAGUCAAGUUACUGAAACCAGACACAGUUUUCACCAAGUGGCUUUUAACACUAAUUUUAAAGGUUUUCAUGGGGCUGAUUUCCCAGUCACAGUCUAAGCUUGGUCUAGGAUUAAAAACAAAUCAUGAUCAAUGGAGUUCUUCAGAAAUCUGCCUUAAUCCAUAUGUGCAAAAUUGGUUUACAAGAUUUUUUUUGAAAAACAUACACAUGCACUUUAACAAACCAUGUUCUAUUAUGCAACAAUAUAAUACGUUUUUGGUGGUUGCACUGAACAACUUUUCAAACGCUUUCCUGUCUUGACAACCACAGAAAUUUUUAGCCUAAAUAUUUUGGGGAGUUUUGAUUUACUUUCUGUUGAGCUGGAGUAUCCUCUGCACUAACUACAGUAAACUUUAAGGACCGGUUUAGCAGGCACAGAUUAAGCCUAGACCAGGACAAAAAUAAAAUAAAAUCACCCUCAAUGGAGAUUCUCCAUUGAGCUUGAUUUUUUUGUUCCAGACUAGGCUUUUUCUAUCUUAUUGUGAGCCACUAUUCUAAAAACAACUGACAGUUUUUUCAAAAGGGCAUGAAGGAGUAUUAUAAUAUUUAGACAAUGUUUCAAUGUCAUCACAUACCUACAGUGGGGAGAACAAAUAUUUGAUACACGGACGA